UAUUUGAUGUAUAUAUUAUUCGGUUUUCCUCCAAAAUCACAGGUUAUAAGUGAUUUUGUUAGCAGUUGGAUUCGAGUCACACAUCCCCUUGUAAAUGCAAUUUAUACUGAUGAUGGAAAACAACAAUUAAAGCCCUUCAAAUUUACGAUAAAUGACUUUGAUGCUUACAACAUGAAACGGGAGCGAUGGUAUCUAUCUACUCUUGGGCAGGCCUUUACACCAGACGAACAAACACUUGCUGAUAUGGACCGCGUUUUUAACAAAUUGUGCGUGACUGGAUAUCAACCACCACCUUCUCGCUGGAACGAAAAUAAUUAUCACAGCCGCCGGGAGUCGGCACUCGGCAGUCCGUUCUGUACUGUCAAUGCUGAAAAUAAUAUUUUAUUAUAUGGAAUAGCGAUACCGCGGACAGCAGAGCACCGACAUAUUUUUUCAAUGUUUUCAAUACAAUUCAAGAAGGUAAAGAAGAGACCUCGGCCGCCGCUGGUGUCCACCGUACAGUCAAGGUUAAGAUGGUUAUUGAUGUAACUAAAAUCAGAACUAGCAACACUGGCCAAUACGUACACUCAGAGCGUUAGUUGAGCGUAUGGUCACGCCAAACCAAACUACAAAAUUAUUAUUUUACUAUCACAAAACACUUACUUGUGGUACCGGGACAUAUUAUGACAACCCUAAAUUGUUGAGGCUCAAAGUUAUAAAUAAUCCAGACGUCGAGUAUGAAUAUAUAAAUCAAAAUAAAAGUAUUAAACACAUGAUGAUAAUAUGUUGCCCAUUUUGUUAUGUACAAUUUAUUUUUGAAAAUAGUUUUAUGUUACAUAUAAGAAAUAUACAUUUUCCAAAACCAAAAAAACAAAUUCAGUCAACCACAGCAGUCAAUGAUGUAAAACCUAAUUUAAAUAAAUUAUUAUUACUUUUAUAAUAA